GUUCAGGUACCGCCCGAUUAUCAAUCGCUGCCGUUGAUGUUGAAGCCAGCAAUCCACGACUCGAGAUGAAGGAAUUGUUGAAGAAUGAAUUGACAAAUGGAGCCCAUGCCAGACGAGAUUCAGCCGUGUCUAUUACUUCCUUUGAUGACGAUGAUUCCAAAAAGAUUAGCCAUGAAAAGAGAAGAAGAUCUUCAGUGCAAUCCUUGUCAACUGCUAAUGCUCCUAAGAGAGGUAAACACAAGAAGAAACUGAAGAAACUUCAACAACAACCUGUUCUUGAAUUGAAUCUUGAUGGGGUAAAGAAACAAUCACCUGAAUUCAAGAGAUUCCCAUUCCAUAAUUUAAGACUGUUAGUGCUCUAUACGUUUGGUGUUUCUUUAGGAACUAAAUUGCCUUGGCUUUCCAUGACUGCCCAAGACAAGAUUCCUACCGUUUGCUUCUGUAUUGUUCCUGGAUUGGAAAUAGAGGAAGAUUCCAAAGAAGAAAUACAAACCAUACCGAUUACCACAUUGAAGCAAGUUCCGGAAUUGCCGUUUUUAUAUGAAACAUUUCCAACUGCAAUCAGAGCAGUCAGUCCAGGCUCUAAAGACAGUAUUUACCUGCCAUUGCAAUCAAUCACCAAUAUUCCAUUAACUAAGAACGAGAAAAAGACAAUUUUGGAUACUCUGAAGAAGGAUAAAAUUACAAUUAAUGAUUUGUUAAUGAGUGAGCGUGAUAUGAUUCUGCAUAACUAUCCCAUGUUUGUCAAAGAUGACACCUGGAGAGAGACAAUUGCUAGAGAUGAUGAGUCACAUAUAUAUGCCAUAGACUGUGAGUUUUGUAAAGCGGGAACACAACAAGUAUUGACGCGAGCUAGUUUGAUUGAUUUCGAGGGCAAUGUUGUAUUUGAUGAAUUCGUUAAACCAGCUCAGGAAAUCACCGACUAUGUUACUAGAUAUUCAGGCAUAACCGAGGAAAUAUUACGAGACGUCACAACAACACUUGAACAAGUCCAGCAAUUAUUUAUAGACAAGAUAUCAGCCAAUGAUAUUUUAGUUGGACAUUCCUUGGAAUCUGAUUUAGAAGUGUUGAAAAUUAAGCAUAAUAGAGUUGUCGAUACUGCAAUAGUUUACGAUCAUAAUCGAGGACCUCCAGCAAAACCAUCGUUGAGAUGGUUGGCACAAAAGUACCUUGAUCAGAAAAUUCAAUCCGGUGAAGAUACCGGAGAGGGACAUUCUUCAGUUGAAGAUGCCAAAGCUUCGCUUGACUUAGUUAAAAUGAAAAUCGUUGAGGGGAAAUGUUUUGGAGUUAAUGUUAAUGAGGUUUCUAUAUUUAAGCGCCUUGCAAGUAAUUACAACUUGACCAAGAAGACUGGUAAUAGUGACGAAGAAGAAACGGAUUUCAGAUCAUUAUGGAUAAACUACAGUCAUUAUAAGGAUCAAGAAACAUACGUUGAGCCAGAAGACUACCAGCUAGAUCGAGUCUAUGUUAAUAACGACGAUGAAGUUGUUGAUAAGUUCAAGCUGGAAGUUCAAGGUAAACGAUUUGUUGUAUUGCAAUUACGAGAAAUGGAAUUUAAUAACAAAUGGUGUACAGCUCCACAACAUUAUGAUGGUAGGUUAGAUUACCAACAAUCAGAAUUGUACCAGCGCACAAACGACCGCUUGCAGCUGAUUUACGAGAAUUUACCCGAAAACUCGUUAUUUAUUGUCUAUUCGCAACUGAGAUCUCCUUUGGAAAUGUAUAGAUUGCAAGAGAUUCGACAAAAGUUCCAGAAAUUAGAACGUGACGGAGUUGACGUUACAAAAUUACCUCAGGAGGAAAGUUGGGAUUUUGAUAAACAACAAGAAUUGAUUGAAAAGACAGCUAUUGCUCGAGAAUCUUUGGCGUUUGUCAAACUUAAACAGACAACUUGAGUAUAUAUUAAUACAUUCACUUGUAAUAUACAAUAAUAUAAAAGUGUUUUAUGGAACUGAAGACAAUACGACAACUUCGUAGACAUCACCUUACAACCUUCCUAAUCCGUCAUCCUCGUACCGGAUGGCAGCACCUAAUUGUUUAACUUCGUCUACGUCCAUGGCAGAGCCAUUAGAAGAGUCAGACGAAGACGAUUGAUUUGAAUCAGUCAUGGACGUGCUCUCGGUGUAAUACUUCCACUCAUUCAAGUUCAACACGUCAUCGGGAUUAUAGGCGAGCAGAUUACCAUUCUUGUGGUUGAUAUUUGUCUUGUACCAGCCUUUUAAUCUGACCGAAUCGUUUAUAGCGUCAUCAGACAAGUCGUUAGACAAAUUAGGGGAAUACCAGUCUUUGAUCCAGGUGAUGGUUUCAUCCAACUGUUCGUGAUACUGGAUUUUGUUGAUGUGAGCAACGCCUCCCGGAAUAGGAGUAUUUGUCCCGCUUUUGGAAAACAUAAGGAAAAUUUGGUGUACAAUAGCAGGGGGAGGGGGGUUCUGGUGAUGGAAAAGAAAGUAGUGAUUAAUAAGAUAGGGAAGAAUUCAUUUGAGACAUUUUUAAAAAUUUAAACUUGACGAAAGCCAAAGAAACAAACAACAAUGAUCAUAUAUAAUUUUUUUUUACGGUUUAAGGUUUAUUAGCAUUAAUCUCCACCCCACG